UAGAUUUCAGUCUACUAUAGACGGUAGUAGCUCCCUAUCAACCUUGCCAAUUGCUUGUUAUAUCUUCCGCGAAAAAAUAAGUACACUGGAACUCGUGCGUACGAGUAGGUAUUUUAGUUGUAUGAAUGAUGUGCUCGAAAUUAGCUCGUUCUCCGUGUAAUUCGGCCAAUUCGUCGUUGGAAUUUUAAUCAAAUAAUACAUACACUCGUCAACGAAACAAAAAAAAGAUCAAAUGCUGAAUAUUUAAACGUACGUACGUACCUACCUCCUACCUAUCAUAUUUGAAUGCGGUGAAUAAACUACAAAAAUGGGUGAAAAAAUUCAUCUUGUGUUCCUAGUCAUAUUUUCAUUGUCAUUACAUCAUCAAGUUCAAACACAAAAAGCCAACUUCUGCAAUGUUACCGAACCGUAUUUCGUGGAAGUUACCAAAACGGAAACGAUAUUGGGAUUCAAGCAGAAAAAUGGUGGAUUUAAUUUACUUGGCAUGUUCUCCAGCAAAUACGAAAAUGUUACGAAAACUGUUAUAGGAGUAGAAAAAAGAGAACGAGUAGUUGAAGAAUGCUGCAAAGGGUACAAAAAAAAGGACAACCAAUGUGUACCUAUCGACGAUACAAAUCCACCAAAAGAGCCAUCCAGUACCACCACAACUACCACGACAACCACAACGGCUGCUCCCAGUUCCACCUCCACUACUACCUCUGCACCUAUCCCAAGCGAACCACCACCAGUUGAACCAUCGCCAGCAACAGAAACUGUGACGCAACCAAGCACUUCAGAAUCAGUACCAUCUGCUGAACCAUCAGUCGCUCCUGCUGCUACAGACUCAGAUCCAACGACACCAGCGAACGCUGUACUUGAACCCACUUCAGCUCCUGAUGUACCCCCACCUGCCCCAAGUGAACCUCCAUCUUCUGCACCUGAGCCAGAACCAGCUUCAGAAACACCUCCAGCUAUCUCAUCUUCUGCACCAGAGCCAGAACCAGCUCCAGAAACAGCACCAGCUUCAGAAACACCUCCAGCUGUAUCGAGUGAAUCUCCAUCCUCUGCGCCAGAACCUGAAACGCCUCCAGAAGCAUCAUCUCCGGUGUUGAGUGAAUCGUCAUCAGUCGCCUCGUCUUCUGAAGCUCCUCCUCAGACAACAUCGCAAGUCAGUCAGGCUGAAACUAUAGUGAAUGAUAAUCGUCCUCAAGAUGAGCCCAUGUUAUCAUCUUUUAUGGUAACAACAGGUGAACCACGCACUAAAGACGUACCUACCACCACACCACUCAUAGUUUCGUAUUCUACUUCAGAAUCUCCCACUUCGACGAAACAAUCCGAAAAAUUAAUAGAUGAUGCUACCGUACUCAAUAUUGAUUUAACAACCAUUAUCAAUAGUCGUAGACGAAGAAGUCUAGAUGAAUCAUCAUCAGAUGAUGAUGCAGAUUCCAUUGAAGAACUAGAAAUUGGGUCGAACAAUUCAUCUGCAGAUGAUCCUAGUGAACUAUCUGCCUCCCAUAAAAGUGAAUUGAAACUAAACGAAAAACCAGUUUCGUUGAAAAACCAUCACCAUUCGUCGGAUUCUGAUAGUAUUGUUGUAAGUGAUCUCACUGCUGAUGUUGAGGAUCAAGGGUAUCCGUGGGUUGAGAUAUUGGAAGUGUUAUCCUUCGGUGCCAUUGUAUUUUUACUGGUGAUAACGGUGCAAAUGUCAUUUAAUGUGGAACCUUAUUCACUUUCAAAAGGGAACAAGAAAAUUCCUCAGGAAAUAGAUUCUUACGGCGAAUAUUGGGUGUGCGAUUCUCAAAGUAGCCUGGAAGAAGUAUAAGAAUAAUUAUGACCAUUAAUAAUUUGUUACAACUGUAUAAACAAGGAGUUCAGUUUAUCAGACUGUUUUGUAAUUUAAUUUAAUUUUGUAUUUAUUAAUUAUUUAUGAAUGAUUUUCAAUAAAACAACUUUUUACAUAAAAA